UUGCAGUUUGCACAAAUGAAGUACAGGUUCCUACACUGGUUACUACACAAUAUCCAGCGACAAAAAACUCGCACCAACAAGUCUGCCAUGUCCAACCAACCUUACCUCUUUAGAGGGGGAACCGCAACACACGGUCUUACUCCAUCGCUGGUCAGUCGACUCCUGCGCACUGCACCGCGCACACGCGAGUGUUGUCACGAAACGUACCCACGAAAUAUAAAGAACAAAAUGAAGACUUUAGCAGUUGUGUGCCUCCUGGCGCUGUGUUACGGAGUAUCAGCGAAGAACAAGAAGAAUGAUGAACAAAAGGUGAAGAUAGCGGUGUACUACGAGUCGCUGUGCCCGGACAGCAAGCGCUUCAUCACGGCGCAGCUGGCUCCCGUGUGGCGCGACUUCAGGGGAGUCGUCAAGGUCAAGCUGGUGCCCUACGGCAAGAGCACGCAUGACAAAGUUAACGGCAAAUGGCAGUUCAACUGUCAUCACGGACCCGACGAGUGUUACGGGAACAAGAUCCAGUCAUGCAUCCUGAAGGACCGCAGCCUCCAGGACACGGAAAAGAUGGAGCUGAUCAUCUGCCUCAUGGGACAGGCCAACCCUGACAAGUCUAUUGACACGUGCCUGACCCAAGUGAACAAGCAGUCUGAAUCAGUGAAGCUGAAGCGAUGCGCGUCCACCGAGCAGGGAGACACGCUGCUGGCCACGUACGGGGACAAGACUGAUGCCGUGCAGAGACCGCUCGGAUUUGUACCCACUAUUGUUAUUAAUGAGAAAUUCGACCAGGCAGUUCAAGACGAGGCUUUCACAGAUCUGAAGAAGGUGAUCUGUCGUGUGGCGCCCAACAAGCCAGCCAUCUGUUAAGUGAAACUUAAAAAAUAAACCAAGAUGGCGUCCUGUCAAACAACGUAAAACACCUACGUAAAACAAAUGAUUUUAUUAGAAGUUAAUAUUGUUAUUGUAAAAAGAUAUUGGUUAAAAUAGUUGCAGUGGAAUAUAUUAAUUCAUAAGUGCUCAAGAUCAAUUUUGAAUACCGUUUCUGUUCAUAUAAAUCAGGGUUUCGCAACCCUAUCUUGAUCUGAAAAUACUUUUAUAUAUUCUCGUUAGCAAGGACCACAGUAGGUAUAGAAACCUAUAAGUAAUAUAAAAGACCCGCCAGGUGUGAAGUUUGUCAUCCUUCAAAUUUAUGUCAUAAUCGACCGUUACCCGACUUGAAUAGUUAUUUUUAUCGUAAGUUGUUAUUAUGACAAUAGUAAUACAAUGUUUGUGAAAACUUCAACUUACAAGCUAUCAUGGUCUACGUGAUACAGCCUUGUGCCGAAAGACGGGCAAACAGCGAAGCCAAGGUAUAUAACCUUGAAAAAUAGAAUCUCCAUGCGAAUUUUAAUCAGCUACGGUUUUCUUGAAAGCUGUAUAUAUGCUCGGACAGAAGCAGUCAUCCUGCAAAAGUUAAUUUAGAAUCAGAAAAUGAGGCCUUUCCAUUUUGUUUUCAAGAUAAAAUUCUUAGUUUUUAAUCUGUAGGUAUACAGGUGUUGCUGUUUAAAUAAUGUAUAUUGUGUUGCAAUCUCAUUAGUUAAGCUGAAGUUCCGUAUUCUACUGAAUUUAAGUAUAAUUACUAAGUAUCUAAUCUUAUACUGCCUUUAGAACUUUUGUCUUUCUUUUUCAUAACUACAUUUUUAAAAGCAGUUAGGGAUAGAUUUCACAAGUUGACUUUAAAAACUGUGUUUAAAGAAUGUAUUUCUUUUAAUUUGACUGCACACAAAAGUAAACAGAUAGUUUUGUCUAAACUGUUUUUAGGUUUAAGAUUUUAAUAAUCAUUUUAGAACUUUGGAAUUAAAUCACAUAAAUCCAUUCCUGUCGUCCCUAAAUAUAAUUUCUUAAGCCCAGUUUGUGUAUAAAUAAAUGUAGUUUUAUUAGUUCCAUUCAUAUAACAAGAGAUUAUUAAAAUAAACAUUUAUUUCUAGUUGUAAAUCAUUUUGUAAGUACAAGAGCAUAACGACAAUCAACUUUAUAAAAUCGUUUGAUGACUGAACGUUAAGGAAAAUAGGAAUUAGAAUAUUAAUUAGAAAUAAGCCAUUUUGUAUUUUAGUUUUUCGUAAUAAAUUAAGUACUUAUUUUAUGAUA